UUCUCUCAACUGUUAGUAAGGUGAGAACAAGAAGGGGAAGAAACGAUGGGUAGGCUUUUCCUCACCUACUUGGAAGGCAACUUCUAUGGUUGCAAGUACUGUAAGACGCAUCUGGCCCUUGAGGAUGACAUUUUGUCUAAGUCAUUCCACUGCAGUCAUGGGAAGGCCUAUCUGUUUGAUAAAGUUGUCAAUGUUACAUAUGGUGAGAAAGAAGAGAGAAUGAUGCUGACCGGAGUGCACACUGUUGUUGACAUAUUCUGUGUGGGUUGUGGCUCUCUUCUUGGUUGGAAAUACGAGCUUGCACAUGAAAAGCCUCAGAAGUACAAGGAAGGAAGAUUCAUUCUGGAGAGGUAUAUGAUAUUACGCCCGGAGGGAAACAACGAUGCAGUGAAUCAAGAUGCUGAGAUUGAUGGCAGUGAUGCUGAUGAAGAAUGAGUAACUGUGCUUUACUUUAGGAUAAAAAAUGUAAAAAUCAUUCUCCCAUUGCACAUUUACCUCUUUCUAAGCCUUCUUACAUCAAUUGAUGCAUGUAGUGUAGCAGCAUGAAGGCAAGCAUAGUCUGAGGAUAUUUGUAGUGUUAUAUAAUGGCAAUUGUUUUUCAAGUAGAAUUUAUGAACAAGAUGAGCCGUGAUGCACUGGUUGGCGCUGUUGUGUGACCGAGAGGUCAUAAGUUCAAAUCUAUGAGCGGUCUCUUGUAAAAGAGAAAAAUAAGGCUUGCUCUCUGUCUGGAUUAUUUACUCGGCGAGUACUCAGCGAGUACUCAGUGAGUACUCCCUACUCGGCCUAUGACCUUGCAGAGUAGCACAUUACUCGGCCCGAGUUAUUAUUCCGAGUUACUCGCCGAGUACUCGGCGAGUUAGCAACUCGGUCAGUGGGUCAAAAAGGCGAUUUACUCGGGAGUACUCGGUAUGUAAAAAAAAACAUUACCUCCGCUUGGAAAAAAAUUAAAUUGAGAUUAUCCUCUGUGUUGUUUCUUAUUCUCCCUCAUGUCGCCUAUUAUAUUCUUCUCUGUAUACUGUAAUAAACUCUGAGAAUUUUGGAUUGUUCUUCGUUUGCUUGUGCUUCUUAAACCGGUGUUUUCAUUGUACAUUUUCAAGUCUUUGGC